AUGGAAGAAAUCUACGCCAAUGAAGAGUAUCAAGAGUAUGAAAAGUAUGAAAACAGCAGAGGGCCCUCGACGCGUCAGACAGGUGAGAGCGUUAAGAUAUGUACAACAUAUCUAUCACUAUUUUAUUCCUUCAUGAUCCAUUUUGUGUUGCAGGUCCGAGGGGCUCACAGAGGAGGUUUCAUAAAGCUGUUAUUUUGUGCCUUGGGCUGCUGAGUCUUCUUCUUCUAGCUGGGAUCAUCGGCCUUGGUGUCCACUGUGAGUCUGUUGUAUUUUAAAUACAGUGCAAGACUACGAAGAAAUGAUCACAUGGCAGUCAGUUUCAGAGGAGCAGAAAUUAAGAGUAUUAUUAAACAGACAGGUGGAAAGGUGGGAAAAGCAAUGGGAGGAAGUAAACCGAGAAAGAGAGUGAGUGACUAAAAAAAAGGAGACUGCCUCAAUGUUACUAUCUCUGUCUGUCUCUCCUUGGGUUAGACUUCUUUGAGUGAACUCCCAGAUCCUCAGAGACUCUCAUCGUGUUGCCUUCAGGGCUGUCAUAAUAUCAGAUUUUAAGAUCACAUCUUUGAUUUAUUUUAGACCAAAACUCAACCCGUGAUUCGUCUGCAGAGUCCUCCACCAACAAAGCCAAUCCGAAUGAGCAUCAGCUCCAGCUGUCCUCCCUGACCAAACAGAGAGACCUGCUGAACGUCAGCCUCACUGAAAUGACCAAAGAGCUGCACAGACUUCAGGGUUUGCUGAAACAGAGUGAGUGCUCUGCCUCUGUGGUUUCUGCGCACAGCUGUCCGCUAACAUGAAGUUUAGGUUCAACCUCAGUGUCAUUAUUCUGAGGACAUGACGCUGUCAAAAUCGUUCUCUCACUUCUCUUCUCAUUCUCAGAGUUCUCAUUUAUCUGCUCUAAGUUACCAUAGAAAUGAUACAAACACAGAUGACACCAAAAGGCCACGUUAACACCUGGUGUUAACCUUUUUCCCGUGUCAGCUUUUACUGCGCACCCACUAUGUGAAGGGUCAGUUUCGACCCGUGUCUUAAAUCAGCUGUAAAUUAGAAUAAAAACAAUUCUUUAUCAUCCAAUUUGGUUCUCAUCUCUAGGUUACCUUGUUAGGCUUCAUUAUGCGUAAAAUUAUUGCUUAUAAUAGUUUUUGUUGGGGGCCUCUGGGCCUUUCUUUGUCAGUAUACCCCUCACACAGACAUCUAUACUAAAUUGAUCUCACAUGUCUGGACAUGCCUGAUGUUUUUUUUUGUUUUGUGCAGGGAAAAACCAGGCAAAAUGAGAAUUUCCUAAAUCUCACAUGAUUAGAAGAGGAUCUGACUGUUAGUGUGGUGCCUGACAGUACACUUAUGAUUUCAGUUUUUGCUCUUUUUAUUGGAUAUUAAUUUAAACGAGUCAACAGAGACCCUAACAGGACAAGUGCCAUACAUUUUAUAAUUUGCUCAAUUUGAUUUUUUUAUUUUUAUUUUGUUGAAAUAGAGGUUCCUGACAAAGUCAAUAAGUCUUGAUGCAAAAAAGCCAAUUUAUGCAUUUCUUUUAAACAUUUAGAAAUAAAAACGUGACGGUGCAGACCUGCACCCUAGCUAACCACAAAUGGGGAGUCUGAGAACAGGUGAAAAAACACCUGCAGGCCUGUUUGUUCUGCAUCUCUGUCUGGUAUACAUGGAAAAGACAUGUCAAAGUCAAAAUUCGACAAAAUAAUUUAACUGGACAAAUUUACUACUGUAAAGCACUAACCAGUGGAUUUUCUCAUGUGUUCAAACAGAUCACUGGCUAGAAUAACCAGGAUAAUCAGAUUUUAUACAUGACCUUCCUUUCAUUCAUUCAUUCAUUCAUUCAUUUAUUAAUUAAUUAAUUUAUUUAUUUAUUUAUUUAUUUAUUUAUUUAUUUAUUUAUCUAUUUAUCUUAACCUCAGUAUUGACCUCAUAUUUUCAUCUUUAUAAAUUCAGUUUUUUUUCUUGGUCAAAUAUUUUUUCAGUGUGAAAUGUUAAAACUAACUGAAGGUGGCAGUUGUAGAUUUUCUGGUAGUGAGAAGCACGUUAUGCAUGUUUGUCUGUAUUACUGUUGUAGCAUCAUUCUGGCAGCAGGUGGCAGACUUCAAUUUUUUUAAGUUUGGCAUUGAUAACGUUGAUUUUAACACUUCAGGACUAUUAUCUAUGGAAAUUGAGAAUUAGGAUAUGAAUGAGGGAAAAUGGAUUGUCAAAAAACCUGGGAUAUGGAGGUCUGAUCAUUUUUGAUCAUUUUAAGCAUUCAUUUCUUUUGUUCUUUUCUAGAUAAAGAGGUUCAGAAAGAGUUUGUAUUUCAAUAAUAUAUGCUCAAAUGUAUAUAUGUGUAUGUAUGUGUAGUUUUCUCUGUAUUUAUUCACAUUAUACUUUGGUGUUUUGUUUUUUCCUAUUUUGUGUCUGUGUCAAUCAUGAGUGAUUCAAAAAGUCUGCUGAUCAGAAAAAUAAUCAGGACGAUCACGAAUUGUAGAUGCAUUAAUAAUAUUACCUAAUGCACUGAAGUAUUACAGAUACUUAUGCACACAUUCAGUAUAUCUGCAUUAGUUUGAGAGAGUGAAGUUGCUUGUUUGCUCUCUUAUGGUUUUUGUUUGUCGUCUUGUGCAGAGAAAACUUGUCCUGCUGGGUGGAGGAUGUUUCAUUGUUCCUGUUACUUCUUCACUGCGCAGACAAAGUCUUGGGUAGAAAGCAGACAAGACUGCAGAGCCAGAGGAGCAGAUCUGGUGAUCGUAGACAGUCCUGAAGAACAGGUAAGGUGUUCUUACUUCUCAAAAUACCUUAUUUAAACACAGCACAACCAAGUUCAGCUAAAGCAGUUUAAUAAAAAAAACAUGAAUAUUUUUAAAAGGAAUUUCUCACCGACAACAAGAAUGGGGACAGUUGGAUCGGUUUGACUGACAGAGACAAUGAAGGGACCUGGAAAUGGACCGACGACACUCUUCUGACUCAGGGGUGAGAGAGUGAAUGUUGAAAUCAGGCACAUGUAAAACUGUUCUUAUGAGUAUGCAGGUUGUUUUUCUCUAUCAGUCUCUAAUGAUUUAAUUCCCAAUUCAAAUAAAAUAUUCCAUUUCAAACACCUGCUGACUUGAGAUUAAAACUUGUUGAUUAAUUUCAGUCAGGAAAAUAAAUAAGAGCUGUGAUUUUUAUAUUAAUUAUGUGUUAAUUUCUAUAUUUUGAUCAUAAAAGUAUUUGAAUGUUAUCCUCUUGUAGGUACUGGUCGGAUAAUAAUCCUGAUAAUGGUGGUGGAGAUCCACAGUGGGGUGAAGAAGACUGUGUUUACCUCAAAUCUGACCGUAAAACGGAGGGUAACUGGAACGACCUGAGAUGUGACUCUACUUUGAUGUGGAUCUGUGAAAAAAUGGCUUAGAGUUAAGGUUAAAAUAUUACCUUUAUGGGGGGAAAAAAGAAGAAUUAGCUUCAAGUGUUUCAUUUAUGCAGGCUUCUUAAAUGCUGUUGUCAUUUUUGUAUAAAACUGGAAAAUAAAAACAUGCUUCUGCUAAACAUUAAAAAAGUUUGAAACUAAAAUAAACUUCAGUCAAAGUAAUGUUCACAAACUCAUAAAAGAUGCAAAUUCAAACACAUGAGAAAUACUCCAAAACAAAAGGAUCUCAGCCUUCAUACAGUUCCUUCAUUUAGACCCACUGCUGUGAGGUGAUUUACGUCUAACACAGGUAGGUCACUAUGGUAACUUCUUCUGAAAUCUUAAUCUGAUCUCUUAUUUUUUUACAAGAUUAUUGCCAAAAUUACUUAUUUUUAUGAUAGAAAAAACAGAUUGAACUCUUGAAAUUGAAAAACUUUUUUGAGUAUUACCUCAGCUAAACACGUCAACCAAACAUACAAUAAGGUUAAAAGAGAGAAAUGUUGUCCAGCUGUGUUCUGUGUAUUGGUGGGGCAUUAAAAGGGCCGCCUUUUUGAUUUAACAUUUUUAUUUUUACAUUUUUUUACACUGAAAAGUGAUCCUGGGGGCACUUUUUUCACAUUUUACGUGCCAAAACUUUUUUAUUUAAUUACUGAAAAAACACCUUUUCACAUUUAAGGACACCCUGUCAUGUCAUGUUUCAUCCUUUGGACAAGCAGCUGCUUCAGGAGUUUUUCAUGCAUACUACAUGGAGGGCAUCUUAUGAUGUUUAUCUGUUAAAGAAGUAUCUGAGAAGGCACUUUUUCAGCAGCAUUUUUUCAGAUGUGCCCCCCACCCCUUCACUGGCUGAAUUAUAUCCCCUAUAUGUUUUUUCUUUAACUGAUGUUUUUAUGGUCCAAGUCUAUUCUCUUUGCCUUUAAAAUAAGAGAUGCGUGUUUAUUUUACUAUGGUAGUUCCAGAUAGUUCUGUAAUGUCUGUUUCAUUUCUGUCAAUGUGUCCACUGUGUUUAAUCUCUGAGGAACUAAAUUAAUUUACAGUAUCAUAGUCUGUAAAUAGUUGAAUGUUCUGCUUUUUCCUCUAACAGCGUAUGUUAGGAAACUCUUCAGUGAGGGGUGAGUGGAGGUCUGUCAGGGGUAAAAGUCACAUCACUUAUUACGCACAUCUCUUACGUCACUUAUUUCAAGCUAACUCCUGAAUUUUUCUUUAGAAAAACUGUAACAAAGUCAUUUUCAAAUUUCAGUAAUGUAAUUCAGCAGUUAACCAGAGUAACGCAGUGUGAAAUACACAUAAAAGACCCGCCUUUGAGAUUCAAAGGGAGAAAUAUCUAAUUUGAUAUAGAUAUCAAAUUAGAACUAGCACACACAUUUCUGGGCUUUUUUUUAAUUUCUUAUCCAGUCAUUUUUGAGAAGCUCUUUCCACAAGUUGUUAUCGGAAAUUCUCAUUAUCUACUGAUUGAAAAUAUAGGUUUCACACUAAUUCAUCAUAAAUAAAUACAUUAAAAAGCUGGUAAAAACAUUGCUUCAUUUUCAUGUGGUUUUGAAAGACCUGGUAAGAGGAAGUGUGAAUGUAGUGUCCUAUUACGAUAAGAAACACUUCUCAGUUUCUGUUUUUUUUUCUUCUUCCUUUUAAGGAGAAGCUGUAAAGAGGGUUUAAAUAAAGGUUAGUAGAACUACCUAAGGCUUCUGUAUGCUUAGUUUUCUUUCUUAUAGUCGUAAGGAAAAACCUGCAACUCUUAAAAUUACUAUAGUUAAUCAUGAAUAAAAAAUAAGCUCUAUACUCUAAUCAGGUGCAAUGUUUUCUUUAGACGAGGGCUCAUGAUGGUGUUUUCAACUGUCUUUGGGAAAAUCAUGAUUAACACCCAAGAUAAAAACCUUUAAUCUCGUAACAAUGGUAUGGUUAACAAAAAGUCCAAAAUCAUUUGAAAUUUGUGCCCCAGCAACUACUUUAGUGAGACCAUUUCUCCUUAAAAGUUCUAAGUUUGAUUUCCAACUUUUACCACUUCCAUUAAGAAUCCUAAAAUGGAAUAUUUGAUCAAUUUUUUAUGACGUAAAAGGAAAAAUUACCUCAUACAAACCCACUUUUAAAAAGGGAAUUAUCCUUUUAAAUGUCAAAUUACACUUGACAGAUCCUCUUGUCAGUCCGUCUGUUUAAACCUGUAAAUUUAAAGGCUCUUUAACAUCUUUUUAUACAGUUACACAGACGUGGCUUAUUUGAGGAUAGAGUUUUUAUGGUGGUUGUUGUUCGCUUACAACGAUUUCAUCACCUCUGAUCGUUUGAUACUGAUGACGUCUUCACAAAUUGAGAAAAUCUUGAAACGAGGGAGAUUUUUAGCAUUCAUCUCAGUCCACGCUACACAGAGGACCAAUGGAGGAAAUCUACGCCAAUGCUGAACUUGAGAAACCUGACGACAGAGGAGAAUGGGGUCCAUUGUGUGUGUCGGGUUUAAGGAGAUUUAACAGUGUUGCUUUUUUGUGUCUUGGGCUGCUGAGUCUUCUCCUGUUUGCUGUGAUGAUCGGCCUCAGCGUCCAAUGUGAGUGAGUUUUUGUUCAGAAUGAAACUGUAAUUUUCAGCUGUCACUUUUCCAAAUUUAUCUUUAUCCAAUCUUGACUUUUCUCGCUUCUGUCUUCACCUCUUACAGCAUAUUCAUCAACUUCUUGUCCUGGAAACAGGUUUUAAGUGUUUUGAAAACUAUGAAAUUGUAAAUUUGAUGGUUUGAUAUUCUUUGAAAAAUAGGAGAAACUGAAACCAUUAUGACUUUGGGGUGUUUGAGGUCCUUAGUGUAAAGGAAAGGACGUGUGUCUUAUUUAUUUCAGGCCACAAUUCAGCCCGUGAGUCCUUCGCCAUAAAAGCCAAGCUGUCCUCCCUGACUGAGGAGAGAAACCUGCUGAACGCCAGCCUCACCGAAAUGACCAAAAAGCUGAAAAGACUCAGAGGUAAGUCCAAACAGACAGAACACCCUGCCUUUUGUUCUAGUUAAAAGUAAGGCUGCUUCGUUUUUAACAGUUUGAAACCAAUUGGUUAGUUUUUGGCCGAGGCACCAAGGUUGUCUGCUGUGGACUCAACGUCAUUUGAUUACUCACCAAGAUUUUGAGUAAUAAAACUUCUUUUUGCAGGUGUGCCUAUUACAAUUAUUUCAGAUUUGUUGUCAUUUACUCAUAAAAAGUAGAUUAACAUCAAUGAUUUUAUUUUCCCUGUGUAAAGUUGUGUCAUCCGCGUAACAGUGAAGCUAUACGUUAUAUUUACGAAUGAUAUUACCAAGCGGUAGCAAGUAAAUGAAAAGAGAGUUGGACCCAGAACUGAUCCCUGUGGAACCCCAUACUUUAAGUUUGCUGUUAAUGAUACUGAACCAGCCAGUGAUACCAUAAGAGAUCUGUUGUCCAGGUGACCUGAACGUGUUUAAAGCCAGAGAAGUCAUUUUAUAGUCAAACUCAACAAAAAUGUGGUAUUACAAGAAAAAAAAAGUAAAUUGAUGAGAACAAAGACAUAAUUUUAGGGGCGUUAAGACUGAAUAUUUUUAGAAAGGACAUGAGUUUAUGAGGAGAAAGUCAAUCUUUUCAUGCAGUGAGUUUAUACAGAAGAGCAGCUGUUUGGAUCAAAAAGAGGAACCUGUCGCAACUUGGGAAAUUUUACCGAAGUAAUCUUGAUUAAAAAAAAAAAAGAAAUCUUUAUCUUUAUGUUACAUGAGCACCUCUUUAUCAGAAGUAUCAGUGUUUUAGUUUCAGAAGUUGCGCAAGACAGACAAACAGGCAGCCUGUAAACACUUUUGCAACUCCUGUUUUCUUUAUCUGUUCAGUUGAAAAUCCGGUGGCUUGCUGUUUUUUUUUAAAUUUUUUAUAAUAUAUAUAAUAUAACAUCUUUAUUCGCUUAAAUUUAUGACUUGAUUGUGACACACUUACCCUUUGCUUUGAAAUACAACCGUUUUCCUCAUAAAAUCACAACUUUAUUCUGUAAAUUCUGUAUUAUUAUGUAUUAAAUUAUUAUUAUGUAUCAAAUUAAUUAAUGAAUCUUCUCAUAAAUUCAUGAACGUUUUGUAAAAUCACCGCUUUAUUCCCAUAAUUCUCACAUCUUUUGUAUGUCAGCUACAUGUGUGUGGUUUCCCCCAUUUUAAUAGCUCUGUUUCCCCAUCUAAGGACACAACACAUACCCAGCUUUAUAAUCAAUUAAUUUUUAAUAAGUUCAAAGAUUACUAAGUGAACCUUACGUCUUUGGAGAAGACAUGAAACCAGAGAUUUAAAAAAGACAGGGAAAUGUCAAUCAAGAUCAUAAAUUAGUUCAGAAUUACAUUUAUUCCACUUCUGCACAUCUAUUUUAAUUGAUCGCCCCCUAAUGGUCAAUUGAAGGACACAAGACAAGCAGAAUUGAUACACUACAAAUGAUUAAACAUAACUCAUUUCAAAGAUGUUGUUUUUCUUGUUUUGAUUUGUUAAGAAAGUACUUGGCAAUAACUCUCAUUUUGCUUGUAAUUAUUCCUUCAUUGCGGCUGAUUACAUUAAUAUUCUGUAUUUGCUGCUCAUUAGUGCCUCGUGUUUGUUUGUUUUUUUUACAGAGAAAACUUGUCCUGCAGAUUGGACGAUGUUCGGUUGCUCCUGUUAUUUUUUCUCCACUGAAAGAAAGUCUUGGGCAUUGAGCAGACAAGACUGCAGAGACAGAGGAGCAGAUCUGGUGAUCAUUGACAGUCUGGAAGAAGAGGUGAUACUGCUCUGUGCAGAGUUAAACUUAUCUUAAAGGGUUUAGGGCCGUCAAAUGAUUAAAGCAUCUUAAAGCUGCUUUUCCUUAUUUUUUGAUUACCAGAAGCAUUAAUGCUUGCUUGUGGGAUAUUUUGACUCAGUUUGACGCAAAGUGGCUUCACAAAAUGCAUCAGCUUGAAGAUGAAAAAGAUGGAAAGUAGAUCUCGUGCAUAGAAGAACUUGAAACUUUUUAAUAUAACUUUAAUCUUUGUCCCUUUUCUUCACAGAAAUUUCUCACUAAUGUCUCGAAUCAUUCGACAUGGAUUGGUUUGAGUGACAGAGAUCAUGAAGGGACCUGGAAGUGGACAGAUGGCACUCCGCUGACUCUUGCGUAAGGCAACAUAGUGAAUGCUGUUGUACAGAUUUGGAUUCAUUAUUUCUGAAUCCAAUGAAUCAUAUUCUCAUUGACCUCUUACAGGUUCUGGGCAGUAGAGCAGCCUGAUAAUGGUGGUGGUGAUCCGAGAUAUGAAGAGGAAGACUGUGUUCAUUUCGUGUCCGCCAAGACAAAACCUGAGAAAAGGUGGAACGACGUGGGAUGUCACCUAUCACUGUUUUGGAUCUGUGAAAAAUAGCCCCACUUUAACCGAGAGCUGAAAUAUUACACCCGUUUUUGGUACAUUGUUAAAUUUGUCAGUUAAAAUAAAAAACUCAUUGUUCAAACACAACAUAUUUUUUCAGGCUCUAGAAUCAAAGUGCUCUCCAAAAUGCAACCCAGUCCAGUUUUUAAAGAGUUUACAAUACAGUGUUGGAUAAUCAAGGUCUUUUUUUAUUGUAUCUUCCGUAGCCUAAACAAAGUUCAAUGAAAGGCUGCCAGAUAGCAUACAAUUUUGAGGCUCACCCUCUUAUGAUAAAGCUAAUCUUUUCAAAUUUAAAGGGAUAUUCCUGCUUAAAAUUAAAUUACAGAAAAUGUAUGAUCAUUUCUUCAUGGAAAUACAAUCAGACCGAGACGCUAAGGCAGAAGAACUACCGCGUUUGCAGUGCAAAAUGAUUAAUAUGUGAUUAUUACUUUAAGGAAAUGAUAAAGACAUGAUCAUAAAUGUUCUUCCUUGAGCUGCGUCACCCCCGCAGCAGUCCCCUGUUGGUGAUUUUUGAUAACAGAUAUGUUUGAUUCUGUUCUGAUUGUUUGAUUAUUAGUGUUAGAUAAUAGAUUGCUAAAUAAUUCACUUUGAAUACAGAGCACUUAGCAGAGUAGGGGUAAGUAUAGCCUUUUGUUUUGUCCUCAUGUUUUAUGUUUAGGAGCUCAGAUGAGGUGUUUGCAAUUUGUCGAAGAGUUUGUUUUACUGUUAGGUAAGUUUAUUCAGAUAACUUCUGUGUAUUGAUUUGGCAUUUGCUCAUCUAAAGAUCAUUUAACCUGCUAUUGUAUUCCAUACUGCUUGUUUUCUUGGAAGUGGGAAGAGUUGGGGUCACACAUAGUGGUAUUUCCAGGGAUGUAACAAUCAAACUUCAACUCCUCUUAACUUCACUGUGAACCAUACCCCCUGUUUUGUGCUUUACGUUUCUCUCUGUAGAGUUUACAAGCUGAACUGCAUAAAUAAGUUGCUUCAUUUGUACACCAAAAGUGUCCCAAAAAUGCAAAAUAACAAGACAGGAGACAUUUGGUUUGUGCCACUCUGGUAUGUUUUCAUAAAACUUGGCACAUCCAUAUUUUUUAAACACUUCAAAGUUCACCGUCUUUUGUUUUGAAUACAUGAUUUUGACAAAAUGAUAUGAGAGUUUACAGACAGUGUUGCUGCAAACCAGCAAGGAGGUAAAUUUUCACACAUGCAGUAUUGCACUUGGUGUGUUCGCACUAUUUAAGCUUCCUCAGUUCACACUGCACAUUUGCAUCAUUUGACAUGAACUUGCAACCAAUUCUGUCUUUACAUUGACUUUGCAUGUAAUUCAUUCAUUCACUCAAACACUUUCGUUUGCUUCCAGUAUGAACAUAACAUCAUAUUAAGGAUGUAUAGGAUAAAACUUCAUGUUUGGCUUCCUGUUGAACUCAUGCUUGCUUCACAUUAAGAUCAUGUAUAGUGAGGGGAUGAUAAUGCUUAAUAGAGUCCCAACAGGGUGGACCAGACCUCAAUGCUUCUUGUCAAGGACUCGUCAGGAAUACUCAGCUACAAACUAAAGUUACAAACAAGUUAACAACAUGCACUGACAUGAAGAUGGUUUAUUGAUUCAAAAAUGAUUUAUUUCUACAGCCAAGACAAAAAAAAUUCCUCAGUUUUGAUGGUCAAUGUCACUUCUAUGGCACUGGUAUAAUCUUCUCUGUGGCAAGACUCUGCCACCUCCCGUUUUAUUUUGGUUGACCUUCCUGUCUUCCUUGUUUCCCUGGUCUGGCUUGACUGUGUUUCAGAGCACUCUCCCUCCCUCUUUUGCUGGUUCUGAGCUCUCCGUGUUUUCUAAUUUACUUCAAAUACUAAGGUACACUGGAUUAAUAUUGUUGCCACAGUGUUUACAGGCUAACAAAUCUUAACACCCUGCCUGUAUUGUAAACUUGUCAAACAUUUGUGUGUGAAAAGGACACAGUUCCUGUGACCAGUUAUUUUCCAUCCUGUUCACAUCUUUUAUGACGCUUUGAAACCUGUGACUUCCUCACAAGUUAGAAAAAAAGCAUGAAUCUGAAACCUUUAGAAGUUUCAAUAUUCAGACUGAGUACGCAUAUAGAGAUGACUUUCAUCGAUGGCUGAGCGAUGGAGGAAAUCUACGCCAAUGUUGAGUGUAAAGAACCUGUUGCGAGAACCUCCUCAAUAAAUCAGACAGGUAAGAGUGUUCAGUCAGACUGAUCUAAAGUAUUUAGAAAUAUUAACAAUCAUUCAUCGUGAUUUUAUAUCUUCACGGUCCAUUCCGUGUUUCAGAUCCGAGGAGCUCAAAGAGGAGAUUUCAUGAAGCUGUUAUUUGGUUCCUGGGGCUGCUGAGUCUUCUCCUGCUGGCUGGGCUCAUCGGUCUUGGUGUCUACUGUGAGUCACUGAGUCACUUAAUAUGUUUGCAUCCAUAUUGACCUUCCAGAGAUUUGAGUUUUAACAUUCAGUCAGAGAUUUUAUCGUUAUCUAAAAGUGUCAAUUCUGAGCCCUCUUUUUAAUUUACGAUCUUUAUUAAUAACGUUGUUUCCUUCCCAACAGACUGUAUUUUACCUUUAUGCAGAUGAUAUUAUUUUACUCUGCUCUGCUGAUUUUUGCCCUCUUAGCUGUUGAGAAACUGCAAUAUGCUUUUAAUCGUCUUCAAAAUGCCUUUAUUACUCUUAAAAUAGUUCUCCACACAAGCAAAACAAAUUUUAUGAUCUUCUCCAGAGCAUUACAGAUGUUUUAUUGAUCUCUUCCACUUUAGUUUGAGAAAUAUCUUGGUAUUUGGCUGGAUGUUUUGUUCACAUUUAAGCACCGUAUUGUAACUAUUAGGAAUAAACUUGGGCAGAAACUUGGUUUUCUAUACAGACACAGAAUAAACCUCCCUCCUGAGCACAGGAAAAAUGUAAAUGAAGCUUUUUCUAUGGUAAAUUUGUCUCUGAUGUAUCUCGACAUCAUUGUAAAUGAGGAAAACCUCAAUAAUUUUUGAUAAUUUAAGUAAUAAAUUUAAAUUUUAAAAAUUUAAAAAGGGUCUCUGGGCAGAGCGUACAUAUGAAAAAAGCCCAACUCUAGAUUCUGUCUUCCAUAAACUGAUCAAUCUGCUUUCAGAAUUAUAGAUAAGUAUUUUCUUUUUUGCUUUUAAUUCUAUUCCAUGCAGAAUAACCUAAUAAUAAUCUGUUCCUGGUGCUAGCAUGUAUGUGAAUAUUUGCUCAGUAAUCAACAAAAUCAUGCAGCGAUCAAGGGUUAUAAUAUAUCCCUUUAUAAAGAUAAGUGCCAGGCUAAUGUGGUUGAAAAGUGCUGGAUCAUAAACUCGAACCCACAAGAGAUUUUAAACCCUUAUAAAACAAGAGGUAAAUUAGCAAGAACUUUACUUUUUUUAGUUUUAUUCCUCUGUCAUGAAUGCAUCUAUUCAAAGAGGACUGGACAGAGAUCAGAGCAGUAGUAAAAGUAGUAGUGCAGUUAAUUUUUUAUGUUAGAAUUCAUGUAUCUUGUCUUAUUUCAGACAACAACACAACCCGUGAUUUAUCUGCAGAGUUCUCCGCCGUCAAAGCCAAUCUUACUGAGCAGAGAGACCUGCUGAACGUCAGCCUCUCUGAAACGACCGAAGAGCUGAAGAGACUCCAGGGUUUGCUGAAAAAGAGUGAGUGCUCUGCCUCGGUGGUUUUUGCACACAGCUGUCUGCCGCAUCGAAUCAGAUCACACCUCGGUGUCUUUAUUUUGAGGACACAGGUUUUUUUCACUUCUCUUUACAGUUUUGGAGUACAAACAACCAGCCAGUGAUUGAAAGUGGAAGAAUUCACAUCUAAAUGCUUUCACUUCUUUUAAAAUUAGCUGAUGUGAGCAAAAAGUGAUAUUUGACUGCUCUCAUCCAUGGCAGAGGAUGUCAUAUAAAGCACCCACCAUUCACUGAUUUCAUUCCCACAGCCACGUUGAUCAGUUUUGGGGCCAAGGAUAUUUUGGUAGGACCUGUAAUCAUACUUCCUACCUUUAGCUUGAGUGAUGACCAACUCCACCACUGAGACACAGGAUCCUCUAAAUGCAUUAGUUUGACAUUUGCUGUUUGAUUUACAGAGAAAACUUGUCCUGCUGGAUGGAGGAUGUUUCGUUGUUCCUGUUACCUCUUCUCUAAACAGAAAAAGUCUUGGGACAGAAGCAGACAAGACUGCAGAGCCAGAGAAGCAGAUCUGGUAAUCGUUGACAGUUUGGAAGAACAGGUAAGGGUAAAAUUCAAUUAAAUAUCUUAUUUAGACACUGACAAAACUAAAGACCAUCCUUUUAAUAGAUAAGAGUAUCAAAAGUUACGUCAAGAGCUGAGGGAUCACAGAUGUAGGGUGGUGCUCGACCAUGUAGCCCUUUUUAAAAACCAGCAAUAUGAUCUUAAAACCAAUUCUUAAACUAGCAGGUGACCUGAGAAAGUCUGCAAGAAUGGGAGAAAUGUGUUCACUUCUUCUUUCCAUUGUUUCUGUUCUUCUUCGUGGGUAUUGGUCAUUUAUUUUUGGUUUUUCUGUAUAAUGUUAGAAGCUUACAAGAGUGUUUCCUGUUUCACUAUGUUGCCCUGUGCCCCUGUUGUGUCAAGCAAACUUUUACCUCUAAGUUUUUUUUUUUCUUCCUAUUGUCAUAGUUUCCACAUGCUUCUCAUUUUCUCGUCUGUCUUUUCCUCCUUCUGUGUUGCUUCAGUAUCUGUAUGUCCUCUGUGCUCCAGCGUCCUUCUUGUGUUGCUUCUCAGUUUUUUCGUGUUUUGGUUAUCAUAGAUAAAUAAUUUUGUUGAAACAUUCACACCUGAUGAUCAGUUCAGUCUCAGUGAUUAUAGACACACUCUGAUGAAAAUCCAGUUUUUCUCAUAUUUUUAUAUGUUCAUGUGGUAUUUUACCGAUGCUACAGGACAUAUCAUGAGAAAACUAAAUGCGAAAUUCCUCCUCUGAGUAAUUCUGUGUUGAAUCUCUGGCAGACCCAAACGGCAGGUUCAGAAACAGUGAGAUUUCGUACGUAACCAAUCCAAGCCCCGCUAUGCAGGCCACACUCUGCAUAUAGAGCAGAAAUACAGAGGAAGAUCACAAAACAGCGUUGCGUUAGCGGAUUGCAAUGCUUGUAAGAAAGCUAAUUAUGAUAUUAACUUUCAUUGUGUCCCUAAAGACAUUAGUGUCUGAGAGCUGAAUAGCCUAUGUUACCUGCUACUUCUACUACAACGGCAAUGUUAGGCUGCAAGCUAACAUGAACAUGAGUGUGCAGAGCAGCGCUGACUCCGCCCACGACUCAACAACUUCAUAAUCACAAUCUAAAGACCACUGAGAAUACUUGAAAUGGGAAAAGAUCAGAGUGGGACUUCAAGAGGAUUAUCAUUUUAUCAUGUCAAACUACUUUUACUGAUGUAGUGAAAUUAAAAUAUAAGAACCUUUUUACAGGAAUUCCUCGUCAACAACAUCAAGGAAGACACUUGGUUUGGUCUGAGUGACAAAGACAAGGAGGGGACCUGGAAAUGGGUGGAUGACACUCCACUGACUAAAGCGUAAGACAAUCAAUCAAUAGUAGUAGUUUUGGCACUGUGGACAGGUCCUGAGUCCCAAGGACUUAUACAUCUAUGAGGAAAAAAGUGAAAAAUCUUGUGAUGAAUCUUCUGUUGACCUCUUGUAGGUUCUGGUCCAGUAAACAGCCUGAUAGUGGUGGUGGAAGUUCAAAAUGGGGCGAAGAAGACUGUGCUCAUUUCCAAGCCAUUAAAAAUAAGGAGAUAAACUGGAAUGAUCGGAAUUGUGAUGUGUCCAUGCUGUGGGUCUGUGAAAAAUAGAUUUGCAUUUGCAGAGUGUUCAAACAAAACUUUUUUUUACACUGUAAGUAAUUCAUUGCAAAAGCCCUUUCAAUGGUAUUAUUGUCAUUCUUGUGUCCAAAAACAAAUGAGGCUUUUUUUAUACUCUCACAUUAUCCGAUUUUCAGUUUGUUACCAACUGUAAGUUGAAAGACAUAUUUUGUAUUUUUUAUAUUUUUGUAUAAACUAUCCCCCAUAUUAAGUUUGUUUUACAUUAGUCCUCUUAGUUUAUGUACUUUAUCUUUUAUCCAGUUAUUUUUGUCUCAUCUUCAAAUGUUUGACCUUCUUUCUUCGCUGGUUGCUUCCCAUUAAUUGUAAAAUAAAGAAUCAAAAAUAUUGUACAUGUUGUUUUCUGAUUAAAAUGCCAACAAAACUCAGUGUUUGGUCACAGUCAGCAUAAGUUAAACACGCUUGAUGAAGACUUCUGAAACCAAUCCCUGCCUCUGUUUUCGUGACAUAAAUAAAGACACGUUUUCUCCAGUGAGGGGAUACUACCCAUGCUUUUUUAUCACCUCCAAAGCUUGUGACUCUUUCACAAUUUAAGAAAACUUGAACUUAAAAGCAAAAGAGGUUUUUUGGCAUUCAAAUGAAGUCCACACAGCAGAGCAGACCCUUGAGGAAACAGCUGGAAUCUUUGUUUGGAGGAAAUCUACGCCAGUGCUGAAUAUGAAAAACCUGUUGGCAUACCUUCAGUUCAUCAAAAGGGUAAGAGUGCUCGGUCUGACUGACCUUUUUGGAAACAUUAACAAUUUUCUGUGGCUAUUAUAUUUUAUUUAUGGUCAAUUUGUUGUUUCAGGUACAAGAGCUCACAGAGGAAAUCUCAUGGUUCUGGGUUUGCUAAGUUUUCUCCUGCUGGCUUGGAUCUUCGUCUUCAGCAUCAACCGUCAGCAUAAGCAUUUUAAGGUAAGUCAAAAAAACAUUUUAUAUUAACCCCAAAAACUGUAGAUUGAAUGCAGUUUUAUUGUGCGUGGUAUGGUGUGAAUUUUUCCACAGAUCUACAUUUUUUAUCUUUUUUUAGGCAGAUUAAAAACUCUCUACCAAAAAUACCAAAAGGAACAAGGGUGACAAGGAGGGAGGGCGCAAAGCAAUAACAGCAAAUACCCCUGUACCUCCUUCCACAGAGAGUGUGAUGAUGUGAGUGAGUCAAAGGCUGGGCAAUGUGUGUUCUGCUGUCAGUACACCUUAUGGUUACACCAGAGUAGUGGACAACAGAAGAAGACACGGUUACAUCUGCUAGGGCUGUCUUUACCAGCUACCAGCUAAACAUACUGUCCCAUCUCACUUUAUGUGUACUCAAAUCAAGUAAAGAGCCUACAGGUUCUCCCUUUACUUGCCUGCAUGCUUCAAUACCAAUGACUCAACAGACCUUUUUAAGUUGAUGUAGCAGCCUUGAAUUCUGGUCCAGACGGGUCCUGGACCAACUGGGAUCCAUUGCACCACUAGUUUUAACACAAGAGAUAAACAGUGUUGUCCUGUAUGUAUUCCUUGACUAGCAGAAAGAUAGCACUGAUAGCAAAAUUAAACAAUUGACUUUGCUCCAUAUCUGCCCCAAUCAUUUUAGUUCAUUUCAUUCAGCUCCUCAUGUCCUAUAGUAACCCUCACUGGUACUGCAUUGUACUUCUUCCUUCUUCUUACCUCCUCCCUCUCCUCUUUACUUGCCGUCUACUACACAUACAAAGUUUCAAAACACAGAAACUUUAAAAAAUAAAAUAAAAAUCCUGUUGUGAACUGAUGCAGAAUUCUGACAAAUAAAAAAAUUAGAUCUGGUGACGGUGUCAACAGGCAGAAGUCAAAUAAACUCAUAAAUACACCACUGCUGUCAUGACUGUGGGUGUGAAAAAGAAACUGUUUCUGUGGUCAGAGGUUGUUGUCCACCCUGUUUUCUUCAUUGGUGAAACUUGUGACUUCCUCUCAAUUUAAAAAAAAAAACUUGAACUUGAAAGCAGAAGAAGUUUUCCAGCAUUAGAAUAAAGUCCACACUGCAGAGCAGACCUUCAAAGAAACAGCUAGUAUCCUUGUAAACGAUGGAGGGAAUCUACGCCAAUGUUGAUUAUGAAAAACCUGCCGACAAAAGACCCUCGAUACAUGAGAAUGGUAAGAGUGUUUAGUCAGACUAAACUAUUCAGAAACUUUUAUAUUUUAACAACACUAUUACACUUUCUUCAAGGUCCAUUCAGUGCUGCAGGUCCAAGGAGCUCACAGAAAAAUCGGGGAGGUGUCAUUUGGUUUCUGGGGCUGCUGAGUCUUCUCCUGCUGGCUGGGAUCGUCGCCCUUGGUGUCCACUGUGAGUGUGUGCAGUUUAAUUAUAAAGACUAAAGGUCCUUACACACAAGGAACGACGCGAAAUUACGAAAUAUUCGGAGGCGAAUUUUGACGUGCCUGACUAUACACGUCAAGUGCGAUGCGAUUUUGCGGGUGGAAGCGAGAAGACUAACAGCAGACUGACUGAUUUUCAGUUCUGAUUACACACCAGUGUUGAGAUGUCUGUCUGUCAUGAUAGCAUGUACUGAGUCAGGGCCAGUACCAGAUAAGCACAUUAAACUAUAAUCCAUAAACGUAAGAUAACAACCGAGACCUAAUGGCGCUGUGACAGCGCGUGAUUGAGUUUGCGACAGUGAAAAUACACAUGGUAUGUCGUAUCUGAACAGGUUAGCUUACGAGCUAAAGUUACUUAGCACAGAUAAAAGUUAAAACAAAGACGUUUAGCAAACUGUUAACGCACACAAAUCAUCGUCAUAUGAGAGAUCCGACGCUAUGACUCUCCACAAGUUGUCGUUAUCUUUGUAAUGAUUGUGUCUUUUAUCAAAAAGCACUCUGUUCUCCAACACGUAAACAAUCAGCUGGUCGGCCAUGUUGGAUAUAUCGCAGGACGUCGCUGAUGUGAAUGCUUGUAUUGACAGGAUACAGGUUUGAAUUAAAAUAUUGACGUCCGAAAUAAUCGCACAAAAAAACGCUCCAUGUGUGUGUAAGGACCUUAAAUCAAAAAUAUUCUACAUUCACUCCACAAAUAGAAGAUUCAGUACAGUUUUUAAUCCGUGUUUAAGCAUAAGCAUCCGUGUUUAACAGUAAACCUCAAAUUCUCACUCUGUGUGCGCUUGUGUGUGUGUGUGUGUGUGUGUGUGUGUGUGUGUGUGUGUGUGUGUGUGUGUGUGUGUGUGUGUGUGUGUGUGUGUGUGUAUGUGGAUGAGUAAGGGUGUGCCUGUGUCUUUGUGGGUGUAUGGGUGAGAGGGUCAGGUUUUAUUGUUGUUUUUAGAGCUAUAUUUUUUGUUUGAAAAGUGCCAAACAAAUAAAGUUGAAUUUGAAUUUGAAUUUGAAGUUAAUGUAUGGUAUGAAUUGAUCAGUCUCAGAAUAGUUGCUGGAAAAACUGUCAAGAGACGUUGUCUUACGAGGAAAUUUCUACUAACAUUACUUUUGAUACAUGAAGUUUUGUCUUUGAUUUAUUUCAGGCCACAUCUCAGCUCGGGAUUCAUAUUCUGAGUUCUCUACCAUCGUAGCCAAUCUCACUGAGCGUCUGUCUUCCCUGACUGAGCAGAGAGACCUGCUGAACGUCAGCCUCUCUGAAAUGACUAAAGAGCUGCAGUGCUUGAGUGAGUGCUCGUCCUCUGUGGUUUCUGCACACAGGUGCCUGUGAGCAUAGAGGUCUAAAUAAACCACAGUGAGAGAACUUGACACAGUUACACUUUUUUUUUUUAAUUGCCACAGUCUCAGAGUCAACAGAAUAUAUACUUGAACAAGUUGUUUUGUAAAAAUCAUAAUGUUCAUUCCUAGUUAUGUGGAUGAAUCUUCCAGGGAAUUCAUGGGAAAGACUAUGAAGAUGGCUGUUAGUAUUAACAUAUUUUAGGGUCUUCUGCUCAGGCAUGUCUUUUGUUGGUGAUUUACAGAGAAAACUUGUCCGCCAGAAUGGAGGAUGUUUGGGUGCUCCUGUUACUUCUUCUCCAAAAAGUCUGCAUCUUGGGAAGAGACAGAGAAGCAGAUCUGGUGAUCAUAAACAGUGUGGAAGAACAGGUAGUGAGCUCUGCACAAAGAUGAACUCAUGCAGGUUAAAUCAUAUUUGGACAUUUUUCACGAUUAUUUUCCAACAAUGACUUUUUUCACUUCGGUCUUUAGUAUAAAUAGCAUUUUAAUAGCAUUGUGAGUCCAAUUAUUUUGUAUUUCCAUCCAGUCUUGAAGUCUAUAUGAACAACCGAUUCUUUCCAGGGUCUUAAUUUGAAUAUUGUGAUCGACUUUCUGGAUAUUACACCUCUUGGUCUUCAGAGAGUGUGAAAUGGUCCUCUUGGUCUCUUAACAGACACUAACUUCUUGGUUAAAGUUUGGGACCCUCUGUUCUGAAUGCUUUAAAAAUGUAGUUUUAUUUGUUCAAUGUAAUUGUGCUAAUAUAUUCUCAGACACAUUUCUGUUUUUACCUUCUACAGCACUUUCUCUUUAAUGCCACAGAAAAUGCAGCAUGGAUUGGUUUGAGUGACCGAGCUGAAGAGGGGACCUGGAAAUGGAUAGAUGACACUCCUCUUAAUCUCACGUAAGACAACAGGGAAUGUUUUACACUUGAGUUAAACUCAGGCACAUGUUCAACUGCUUCUAUGGAUUGCUGGACUGCUAAUUUUUAAUUGUCCUCUCAGUUAGUUAAACCUGCUACACUAUAUUGUUGACAAAUUUCAUUGUUCAUUAUAAAAACUUAAUUUUUGCGUCAAAUCUUUUGGGGCCAAUUGAGGAUGGUAAAAAAAAUCCAGUGAAAGCUCUUUUUCACGUUAAUCUCUGACAGGUUCUGGCCGGAGGAUCAGCCUGAUAAUGGUGCUAAUCCAACAGUUGAGGAAGACUGUAUUCAUCUCAGAGCUGGAAGGACAAAAGUGGAAAACUGGAACGAUGGACAAUGUACUUGGUCUCUGCACUGGAUCUGUGAAAAGCUAGUAACAUAAUGAGCAAGCUGGAGUAAUAAAGAUAAUAUAUUAUAAUAAGGUAAAAUAAAGAUUUUCACUUGUUGUAUGAUAAAAAAAAAUAUGUAUAUGCACUCAUCAUUUGUUGCAAUUUUCUUUCAUGUUGCUUCUUGGACUGGCUGCCACAAGUUUAUCUAAUAAAAGUCUUUAAAAGAAGUAAAUGUAAAGAAGUUCUUGAAAUGUAAUUUUUACCCCUGAAAUUGCGGUAUGCAUAAAAAAUUCUUGGAAUUGUGAGAAAAAGCUCAAAAUUCUUACUUUGAUCUCAGAAUUCCAACUGUAAUCUCAGAAUUGUGACUUUAAUCGUAGAAUUCUGAGUUUAAAGUCAGAAAUUUGACUUUUAUUUCAGAAUUUCGACUUUUUUUAAAUAAUAAAUAAUAAUUAAAAAAAAUAUAUAUCAAAAAUUGUUUAUUCAGUAGCCCUCAUCUUCUUUCGUACCAUUAUGUCACCAUAAAAUUAAUAAUUUUCUCAAUUCUUACCUGGUAGUAUAAAAUGUCUUUCAGAAGAACAAAAAGAUAUUUCUUGGGAAUCUUAUCACAAAAAAUAAUCUAAUGUUCUCUGCAUUAUAAUCUAAGUAAAUAGUUCAGAAAUGCUUAAUUUCAUCACUUAUACAGAUGCUUGGAUAUCUCAACACUUGCCUGCUCUCAAAGUUGUUGCCUAGUUUGUUAAGGGUACUGGUGGGUCUAGCACAGGUUAGCUAAAAGAUCCUGUGAGAAAAAAAGUGAUUGAGAAACAAACUGUAUAACAUCAUCUUGCAUGUUUCCUGUGGCAAAAACGUCCCCUGUGCCUAUUAGUGAGACUGUUUAUCUCCAGAAAUAUCACAUUAACUCGUUUAUCUCCACAUUUCCACUGAUUGUAAAGUAAGAGUCCUUUCUAUGUCAGAUUUUCAGUUUCCUUUAUGUCUGUGCACCUAAUUUAAGAUGAUGCCAGUUUCAUUCAGCUCCUCGUGCCUUUGUAGCUCUUUCACUGGUUCUGCAUUCUGUCUCUAAUGUGAGUUCAGUGGAAACAGGUUGCAGUGUUUGCGGUGAGUGGUUUUUAUUCAAAUAAUUUUUAUCACAUUGCAUAUUUAAGAACAUAUGACUUCCUCGUAAGUGGAUAAAAGCCUGACCCAGAAAGCAGAAGAAGUUUUACAGCAUUCAGACUCUGUCCAUGCUGCAGACCAGACCUUUAGGAAACAGCCAGCAUCUUUUGGAGCAAUGGAGGAAAUCUAUGCCAAUGUUGAGAAGAAAGACAAAACUGUUACACCUGUUGACUGCAUACAUCAGACAGGUGAGAGUGUUCAGUCUGAGCUAAGUAAAGACACACAUUUCCUCCUUACAUUUCCUGUACAGUCUGCUCUGUGUUUCAGGUCCAAGGAGCUCAAAGAGGAGAUUUCAUGAAGCUGCUAUUUGGUUUUUGGGGCUGCUGAGUCUUCUCCUGCAUGCUGGGGUCAUCGCCCUUGGCGUCUACUGUGAGUCAGUUUUUUAUUAUUUUAAAUUAUUACUUGGAAACUUGUUUUUAAGAAUUCAUGUUCUCCUGUAAAGCAUCCACUUAACCAAGUUAUCUUGUCCUUGCUUCUGGCCUCUCUAUUUUCCUUUGCAAACUUUUUCUUUACCUUCACAUUUUAGGUGUUUUGAAAAUCAUGAUAGUUUACGGGGGCUUUCUGGAAUCAAAUCACAUUAUUCUGGUGACUCUAAGCAGAAAAAAACAUUCAGCAAGAAUUGGUGAAGUCUGAAGCACUCUUGUUUUAAACCAUUGACAAUUUCUUGGUUGUCACAGUGUCUACAUCUCAACCUGAUGACACAUUCUGAUGCAAUUCAGCAUAAACCUUUUUUUAAAGAAUACAUUUAACAUUGACUCUGAAAUGGAGAAUUAGUGCCAUUUUGAAACAUAACUCUUUAUUAGUUACAUUUAACAAGCACACCUUUUUGUUUCGCACUGAAUUUCCUUUUUUAUGUACACUAAAAAACAAAGUUGUUUCCUGACAGUGGUUUGCAGUAUAACAUUAGGUCAAGAUGAUCUGUUUCAAUAUAUUUGCAAGAAAAGGACAUCACCUCCACAAUGAGAUACUGCAUCUCCUGUGUCUGGAUUUGUCAUCCCUUCAUAACAAGAAGUGGUGAACUGAUGUAGUUAAAAAAAUACUUAAUAAUCUUAAACUUCUGAGAACAGGGGGAACAUUGGAUAAUGUUUUGACAAAAAAAUAAUUUCAUCCAGGAUGGAAAUCCUGAAAUAAAUCCUGGAUGUUCAUAAAAUAUGUAUCUUCAAUUCAUUUCAGGCUACAUCUCAACUCGGGAUUCAUCUGCAGAGUUCUCUACCGUCAUAGCCAAUCUUACUGAGCGUCUGUCCUCCCUGACUGAACAGACAGACCUGCUGAAUGUCAGCCUCUCUGAAGUGUCCAAAGAGCUGCACUGUUUGAGUGAGUGCUCUUCCUCUGUGGUUUCUGCACACAGUUUAGAGCUGAGAACAAACCACAUUGUCAUUUUUCAAAGACCAUGACUGAUUUUGACCCUAACUUCUGUUUAUUUGCCUUGAAAUUCAUAGGAAAAUAAACUGUAUGUGCAAAUGUAAAUCAUAAAACAAAUGGUUCUAUGUCUGUUUGGAUGAGUUUCACAUCCUCAUAAAUAAUUGGACCUGCUUUUCAACUUCUUCAUAUAGUUCAUUCCUACUCAUGUGGGGUGAACCCUUCCAGGGAAACUAGACCCUAAACAAAUUUACACAAAUAUGUAGUUCUCACAUUUUAGCAAUGACCACCAAAAUCUGCCAAAUUAGGCUCCUAAAUUAAAUCUCUAGGUUCAGAUUUUCAACCAAACAGCCAAAUAAUGUGUUAGUAUGAGUAAUAAUGUGUCAUAAUUUAAUGCAAAACUAAUAACAGCAUCUUUGUAAUUCCGGGUCUCAUAACACAGAACAACUUCCACAACUUUAACCAGUUAUAAAAUGUAAUUAAUACAAUUAUUAUGAAACGUUUCCAAAAAUAAAGUAUUUAAUUGUUCAACCUUACAGGUUAGUGGGUCAUUGUUUGCUGUUUCUUGUCUGUUUUUGAAAACUUAUCUUUGUCCAUUCUUUUUUUCAGAGAAACAGUGUCCUCCAGGAUGGACCAUGUUUGGAUGUUCCUGUUAUUUCUUCUCCACACAGAAAAAGUCUUGGGAUGACAGCAGAGCAGACUGUAGAGACAAAGGAGCAGAUCUGGUUGUCAUAGAAAGUUUAGAAGAACAGGUAAUGUAUUUACCGGGGAGUUUUCAGGGACAAACUAGUGACUCAAGAACUGACUCAACAUGUCUUCUCACUCUGUUCAGUCUUAAUCUACAAUCUAAGAUUAAACGCCAUAAAGUUUCCCAGAGGCAAAAUGAAAACAUGUUGAGCUCCCCCUACUGACUGGCUGCAGUAAAGGUGUUUACAAUUGGAUAUCAUUUCUUGAAACGAUAAAUGUUGCUAUAUUUUCAUAGAUUUGUCCUUCUUGAUUCAUUUAAACUUACGUUUAAAGCUUUAAAGCACUUACAAUAAUAAUUUUAAAACAAAAUAAUGUGUUGAAUUUUUGUCCACCAUAGUUACCAUUUAUUUAAAAACUGUUUUCUAAAAAGAAAAGCACAAAAAGACAGAAAUAAAUGCAGAACGUGUUCAUGUGACUCUCAUUUUACAUAUUUAUGUUUAAAAAAUUGAGAAAAAUUUGGGCACACAUUGGUGUUAACUAAAAUAUAAUAAAUACAGGUUUUAUAUCUUCUACAGGAAUUCCUCACUAAUAAUAAUCAAGGAGGGGCUUGGAUUGGUUUGAGUGAUAGAGAUGAUGAAGGGACCUGGAAAUGGAUAGAUGACACUCCACUGACUCAGGGGUAAGAAGCACUGUAGAUGUUAAACACCUUGGUUUGUAUUCAGGCUUCAUAUUUUCUAUGAUGAUCUUGACAAUUUUGACAAUCAAACAAUUAAAGGGACAACAUUUUCUUUUGACAAUGUUUCUGGAAAAAUGAGAACUCUCCUAUAUCUUGAAAAAAAAUAAUAACUUCGCGAAUUCACUGUCCUGUCUCUCCCUUGUAGGUUCUGGUGGAGCAAGCAGCCCGAUAACGGUGGUGGAGAUCCACGGUGGGGGGAAGAAGACUGUGCUCAUUUUUGGGCCAUCAGGAGCAAAGUGAAAAACUGGAAUGAUCGAAAGUGUGAUGUGACCAUGCUGUGGAUCUGUGAAAAAUAGCUUAUAGGAGUGCAAAUACAUCAAUGUAGAGAUGUUUUGUUCAAAUGAAGACCUCUGAGUUUUACUUUGGUGUGGUAUAGGAAGCGGUCAUGGGCGGGGGGAAGUUGCAUUUUGUGUGAUAAGCAACUUCAUAAUCACACAUUCAGCAUUGUGUCAGGGUGGGACCUGUGAUAACAGAGGCUAUGUAUUAUGCUGCUGUGUAUAUCUGCUAUUUGGGUCUGAAAGUGUUAUAGCACACUUUUUUUAUUUUUAAAGAAUCACCUUCUAGUGAUUGUUUUUCAUGCUUUUAUUUUGGUAAUUUUCUACGUGUAUUUCAGUUGAUUCAUUCCUGCGUAACAAGAAAAUGCUUUUAUUUUGAAGCAAUUUUGGCAAAAUGUAUGUUAAAAAUGGGUUUAAGAAAAAACUUAACAGAACAGUUAGAAAGUAAAAUAAAAUUUAAAAAAAAAUUAUUCAUCACAGAGGCACAUGCCAUUACAUUGUUUUUGGAUUCACAUUGAGUCUUUAAAGAACUAAAUUAAUACAUUUUCAAAAAAGUAAGAGAGGCUACAGCUAGAUCACUAGCAUUCCUGUUUCCUCUUCUACUUCCUCUUUCAAUUUUGUUUGUUUCCCUUAUUUACUGUCUCUUCAACUACUUACUUGAACAGCUGGCUCACUAAAGCUGGAAAAACUGGAUCCUGCAGACAUGAUAAUAUAAAGCCAUCACACAGUUACAAGUGUGGGUCAAGAUAAAGGUGAGAACAUCGACAAACUCAGGUUAUAUUUAAACCUACAUGUCAUCUGACAUGAAGGACUGGACUAUGCUGUUCUUGUCUCAGUUCACAAACACUGGGCAACAAGUGAAUUAUAAACAGAAGCACAUCUGCCAACUUAACAGUAGGUGGCGUCGUGCCCCUUUUCUGCUCAUAACUACUUGACCUACGACAUCAUGUACCAAACAGUCAUGUUGGUAAGAGGCUAACGGGUUGUUCAUUGAACAGUAAGAUAUCCUGUGACUUUGACAUGAGACAGCUUUGCAUUUUUUGAUGUCCUUUCUUUUUCUGUCAAAGUUUUUUUUUUUACUACUUGGUUUCCUUUCAUUAUCUGGUUAUGUUAGUCCAACUUGGAAAAGUUGGAUUUAGUUCAGACUAACAUGUUUACAUGUUGGACUAAAACCAUUGAUCAAUUUUCUCUUAACAGCAUAUAAAAAUCCUGACUUUGUAAAAUGUUGAUGGCAGAUUUUUACGGUUUUUAAAUUAUCUAAACUCUAGAUUUUGAUGGAAACAGUACAAAGACAAAAAAAAUCUAAUUUUGAAAUUAAAAAGUUUAUUUUUUUUGUUCAAAAAUGUACACUCAGUUUAAAUUUGAUUCCAGCAACAUGUUUCAAAAAAGUUGAAACAUACAAUAAAACUCUGAAAAAACAAACAAACUUAAAAGCACUCAUGGAGGAACACCUCCCAACUGAUCACAUUAAUAUGCAACAGGUUAUUGGAUUGAAUGGAAGUAAAAGGUUGAUAACAGGGAGGCUCAGUCUCUGUAUGAAAAACAUCACCACUCUAUGAGGGACAGAGUGAGCAAGAAGUUCAACAAAUUUAACAAAAAUAAGAUUUAAACAGAAAAAAUUUUCAUAAAACUUUUAUUAUUUUUUUUGUGAAAAAAGACGCUUUUUCCAAAUCUGAUAGCAGCAUCAAGUUUUAAAAAGUUGAAAAAUUCCCCUCUCCAAUCUUUUUCUUCUUUUUUUCUUCUUCUCCUUUUUCUUUUUCUUCAUUUUUUUUUUCUUCUCCUCUUGAUUUAGGAUUCUCCAAAUAAAAAUGAAAGUCAGAAAUACUCCACCAGUUACCCAAAGCUUUUUUGUCGCUGUGGUUUCCAUCCUUGCUGUUGUCCACCUUCAGCUCUUGGGUCUCAAUCUUCUUAAGGAAAGGCUCACAGAUGGCUUCUGCUCUUUUUUCUGCAAUUUUUUCCAGCCUGGUUUUCAAAUGGCUGCUCACCUUCUCUUCCAAAAGGUCUUCAUAAACCCCUCUGUAGUAGGGAAGAGGUGGUUGUUCGGAACGGCAAUAUCCAUGGAAUUUCUUACUCCUAACACAAUAACUAAACAUGUAUUCACAAAAGCACCAGAAACCUGCAAAGAAAAUGAUGGCAUAGAAGCCGUAGUUCUGAAAAGAAAAACACAAAAGAGUUAAAGAUGGUCACUCAUUUUUAUCUGACAUUUUAUUAUUUUCAAUCAGUUAAGUCCAUCUGUCCUAUCAUCUGUCUGUCUGUACCUUUGUCUGUCUGUCUGUCUGUCUGUCUGUCUGUCUGUCAUCCAUGAAUUUUACUGACCUUUGAAAAAUAGACGCUUAUUUUAAAGCUCCUGUGAGCUGUUUUUUAAUGUGUGUGCAACAAACCAAAACUCAUAUAUGUGCCUUUUUAUGAUAUAUAAAAAUAUACAAGAACAUUUCUUUCAGCUGACAUUGCCUCAGGUCAGAGCAAGUGGGCAGGUGUCAGCCAAGCAGCCGUAGAAACAUAUAAUAAUUAAUAAUCAAACAUUUAAUAAUUUCUGAAUGGAUGAGAUUUUUUUUGCCUAAAGACACAACUCAAACAUGUGGAGGACAUUAUUUGCAAAGACAACCACAAUAGGACAAGGACAACAAGGCUGGACUAAAACACCUGCAUUAUCAUAAUGAAAACACUUAAAGAUAUUUCCCCCAACCAGUGACAUGAGAGCCACUGUGAUCCUGGAAUAACGUUCCUGAGCGUUAAAUUACCCAAAAUGUUUGGAUUCUUAUCAACCAGGGUAAAAAUUUUAUAAUAGAUAGAUAGGUGAUUCAAUUAUUUAGUAAAAUUCAACAAAUCUUUUCCAUAUGAGCAGAGACACUUAGAUGUUUUUAUCUCUCAAUAAAUUUCAUGUUCCAGCAAUCUUAAUAAUAUGGUUAAAAGCUAAGUCAUGUUACUUACUAUCGAUGCAGUCUUAAUAUCAUCUUUGAUGCGGUUCUCCGUGUAAGUCAGGUUUGACCUGCAAGGAAUUCCAGUUUGGGAAGGGUCCUUGUUUGUCCAUAGGCACAAUAACCAGUCACCGUCAAAGAGAACAGCGGUGAACCAUAUGACUAACAGAAUGAAAAAGUCCAUCCCGAACUUAAGAAAACUUCUGAGGCAAACAUUUCCAUGCUGAAAACACCAAUGUGAAAAAAUCCUCCUCCGGUGGAUGGGCUUAGUGAUGUUGACCAACCAGGCGAGAAUGACAGGAGGGAGAAAAAUGUACAGUAGACCAUUCAGAUAUUCACCCUCUUUGCAUGAGCACACAAAAUCGACAUUAAAUAGGUAUUGCACUAUGAAGAAGAUGCCAAUCAACAGGACUGCACUCAUAGCAUGAGUGAAAACUGUGACGAGCCUUUGAGGAAAAUCGUGAGUGAAAUGAGGCAUGCUGGUAAAAAUGUCAGAUAUUCUGUUGAAAAACAGCUCCAAGUUUGUUUGUUUUUUGCCUGCCCUGAAAAGACUUAGCCUACACAGCCGAUGAAACUCUCUAUUCUAAUAACUGAGAGAGGAGGUUUCAAUUUUAUACCCAGAAAUGAAAGGAGAACAGAGUGAGAAUGUUUUGACCUCAUCAACCAGCCUCCAGUAUUUGCAUGAUCGAGACAUUUUACUUUCUCUUUUGAAGCCAAAACAAAGCCACAAAGGACAUAUAAACUUAUUGAGAGCACCAAUAGUGAAAAGGUCCUUUUACAACAAAUCAUUAUACCAUUAAUUUUCUAAUCAACAGGCAGAAAUGCUUCACAAAAUUCAGAAUCUAAAAGAGUUUCCCCUCUAAACUUUAUUUUUGGUGUGAUUCUGGAGAGAUCCCUAGGGUUUCUAGAAAUGGAAAUUUUACCUUUCCUCAUUUGUCAGAGAUGUAUGUGCAUGUUCAAGUUGUAUCAUGUUAUCCCAAGGUGAUCCAGUCGGUUAUGGAUGAUGAUACAGAUUUUUCUCCAGGCUUUGUGCUCAUGGAAAGUCCCUGAGGUCUGUUAACUUUGUCUCUGAUUUUCUCUCUGGGGGAACCUAUCUGCAGGACAUGUCCUGUCUCUGGUGCUUGUGUCAAUGGAAAACCCACGGCUAUUUUUUCAUCUGUUGUCCACAUCAAAGUUUAUGGAACUACACUCAAUAAAAGACAUCAAACUCUAGGUAUGAGAUUACACCUAAAUGAAUACUCACCACCCUCUCAUGUAUCUGCGGCAUCUUUAGCGUGUCUAGAUACUGAAACAAAACAAUGCAAAAAUGCCAACACUUAUUUUCCCAUGGUGCUGUUCUCUAAUUUGGUUAGACUUUGCACACAUUACAUCUGUCACAUGAAGACUUGUGGUUGGCAAAACUUCCUUGCGGUCAUAAAAUGUGCUUGCGCCUCAGCUCUAUCGGGUGAUUUCCAGUAAAACCAGAUGGAACCAAACCUCGGAGCUCAGCACAGAAUAACCUCUUCUCAAAGAUUGAAGAACAACUUCUCUUUUAACUCAAGAAUGAAAUUAGACUCCUGCCAAGUUUAGGGCCUCUGUCUGAUUCAAAAUGAUUUGGUCAAAGCUUUUGUCCUGUCACUGAAGAUGUAAGUUUGGGCAUUGCUGUAUACAGGUAAUGAGCAUAAAAGUAGACUUAAUGUUGAAAGAAGGCAAUGAAUUACAUGUCAUGAGAAGAAUUUUAAAAAAAAAUCGUGAUCAAUAAAAUCAAAAUUCUCAUCCACAAGAUGAGCUGCUGAAGAAACAACUCUGUCUUUACAAUUUUCAUUUAAACUGUUCUCAUUAAAUGAAACAUUCAACUAUCAAAAGUCAACAUGAUAAGAUUUUUAUCUAGUAUUGUUUUUGCCGGCCUGUUUUAAUUUUGGUUUUAGUCUAGUCUUUGUGUCAAACUGUCAUUUUUGGUUUUUAUUAGUUUUAGUCGCGUUCAAACUCACUUUUUUUUCACCAAGUUUUAGUCGACUAAAACUCUGAGUAUUUUAGUCUAGCUUUAGUCAGAAUAUCCCAUGACUAUUUUAGUCUAGAUUUAGUCACAAAAACCCAUGACUAUUUUAGUCAAGUUUUAGUCGACUAAAACUCUAGCAUUUAGUCGGCAAAAACUGAUGACGUUUUAGUCUAGUAUUAGUCAAUGAUUUUAAUCUCUUUUUAGUAACGGAAUUCUGUUUAACCCAGUUAAAAUAGUAUAAUUACCUAGUUAAGUAUAGAACAGAUAAAACCAAAUUUUUAUUGGAGUCAAACCAACCGCAAAUCAAACGCGGUUAUUUUAUUGUUAUUGUAUUGUUACCUUAUAGACUACAUCUAUUCCAGACGUAGAAGAUGCUCUGCUGAGCAGACUGCUCAACAUAUUUAUUUAACCAAACAUGUAGGUACACACACGUGAAUUUAAAUCAAAUAAAUAAAUGAAAUACUGUAGCAUCAUAUGACUGACAACACGCACUAGACACGUGCUAAACACACACGCUAGGCUAGAUACAUGCUACACACACAUGCACGCUAGACACACGCUAGACACACACUACACACACGCUAGGCUAGACACAGGCUAAAUACACACAGGCGCGCUGGACACACGCUGUCUUAACUAAGCUUGAGUUCAGCAUGGAAGACCAUGGGCUCUAUUUUCUUGCCCGCCGGCAGUGCAGCAGACGGUGGCGCACCCCGGCAGGCAGUGGUAUUUUCGUCUGCGUGUUUCCUGUGGCACAAACGUCCCCUGUGCCUAUUAGUAAGACUGUUUAUCUCCAUAAAUAUCUCAUUAACUCGUUUAUCUCCACAUUUCCACCAAUCGUAAAGUAAGAGUCCUUUCUAUGUCAGAUUUUCAGUUUCCUUCAUGUCUGUGCUCCUGAUUAAAGAUGAUGCUAGUUUCAUUCAGCUCCUCGUGCCUUUGUAGCUCUUUCACUGGUUCUGCAUUCUGUCUCUAAUGUUAGUUCAGUGGAAACAGGCCGCAGUGUUUGUGGUGAGUGGUUUUUAUUCACACUUUUUUCAUCACGUCGCAUAUUUGUGAAUGUAUGACUUCCUCGUAAAUGAAGAAAAGCCUGACCCAGAGAGCAGAAGAAGUUUUACAGCAUUCAGACUCUGUCCAUGCUGCAGACCAGACCUUUAGGAAACAGCCAGCAUCUCUUGGAGCAAUGGAGGAAAUCUAUGUCAAUGUUGAGAUGACGGACAAAACUGUUAAACCUGUUGACUGCAUACAUCAGACAGGUGAGAAUGUUCAGUCUGAGCUAAGUAAAGACACACAUUUCCUCCAUACAUUUCCUGUACAGUCUGCUCUGUGUUUCAGAUCCAAGGAGCUCAAAGGGUAGAUUUCAUGAAGCUGUUAUUUGGUUUUUGGGGCUGCUGAGUCUUCUCCUGCUGGCUGGGGUCAUCGCCCUUGGAGUCUACUGUGAGUCAGUAUUUGUAUGAUUUUAAAUCAUUAGUUGGAAACUUGUUUUUAAGAGUUCAUGUUCUCCUGUAAAGCAUCCACGUAACCACGUUAUCUUGUCCUUGCUGUUCUGGCCUCUCUAUUUUCCUUUGCAAACUUUUUCUUUACGUUCACAUUUUAGGUGUUUUGAAAAUCAUGAUAGUUUACGGGGGCUUUCUGGAAUCAAAUCACAUUAUUCUGGUGACUCUAAGCAGAAAAAAAACAUUCAGCAAAAAUUAGUGAAGUCUGAUGCACUCUCGUUUUAAACCAUAAAGAAUACAUUUAACAUUGACUUUGAGAUAUAAUGCCAUUUUAAAACAUAACUCUUUAUUAGUAAAGUUAUAUUUAACAAGCAAAAUCAGUACAGAUAUAUAUCUGGUCAUCUGUCACAACAGAGUAUUUCUUAGAAACAAAAAAAGACAAACAAAAAAAAACAAAAUUCUUUCCUUGCAGUGGUUUGCAGAAUAAUAUUAGAUCAAUAUCAAUUGUUUCAAUAUCAAUCAAUCGAUCGAUCACUUUAUUUAUAAAGCACUUUUUAUACAUAAACUUGUAUCACAAAGUGCUGUACACUUUGGGAACACAAAAUAAAAUACAAAAUAAAUUACCAACUGCAAAACCCCACCUACCCUCCAAGCCAGCAUUUAACAGAGACCCCCCCUCCCCCCACCCACACACCCACACACACACACACACACACACAUACACAUACACACACUGACAACCACCAAGACACCAAGUCAGGGCUCAACAGGAAGCCACAGAGGACCAAGGAAACGCUAUCUUAAACUAAAAUGGCGAAACACAGGAGCCGAGGCUAAACUGAUAAAACCAUGAUAAAAAAUAAAAUGAAAAAAACAACAGCAAUAAUAAUAAUAAUAAUAAUAAUAAUAAUAAUAAUAAUAAUAAUAAUAAUAAUAACAUAUUAUAUAAUAAAACUGUUUUAAAAUCAAACAAUAAAAGAAAGUAAACAAAUAGUGUUAAAAUAUAAGGUAAUAAUUCUGGGACUAAAGUGGAGUAAAAUACUUAAGAUAAAAAGAGUAGACUAAAAGAGAGGCUAGAAGAAUAAAACAAUAAUCAGCUAAAGGCCAGACUAAAAAGGAAGGUCUUGAGUUUGCGUUUAAAAAUAUGAACUGUAGGUGUCGCUCUCAGGCCUUCAGGCAGACUGUUCCACAGAGAGGGGCCAUGAUAAUAAAACGAUACUUCAACGUAUGUUUUGGUUCUAACUUUGGGGACUAUUAAAAGACCACUACCUGAAAACCUGAGGGCUCUACUGGGCUCAUAUCGUAAAAGCAAAUCAGAUGAAUAAGAAGGACCAAGACCAUUAAGACAUUUAUAAACUAAUAAAAGAAUCUUAAAAUGAAUUCUAAAAGAUACAGGAAGCAAGUGCGUAGACUUUAAAAUUGGUGUAAUGUGGGCUCUUCUCCUCGUCUUCGUCAGCAUGGCCAAUAUAUUUGCAGGAAAAGGACAUCACCUCCAAAAUGAGAUACUGCAUCUCCUGGGCCUAUCCUUCAAUGGAUAGAUUUUAAAAAUCCGCAAAAAUUGUUACUCAAGUGUCUGAAUUUUUCAUCUCUUCAUAACAAGAAGUGCUGGACUGAUGUAGUUAAAAAAUACUUAAUAAUCUUAAACUUAUUUGCUAAUGUUUUGACAAAAAAAUCAGUUUAAUCCAGGAUGCAUGGGGUUUUAAAUGUUCAUAAAAUAUGUAUCUUUUAUUCAUUCCAGGCUACAUCUCAACCCGGGAUUCUUCUGCAGAGUUCUCUACCGUCAUAGCCAAUCUUACUGAGCGUCUGUCCUCCCUGACCGAACAGAGAGACCUGCUGAAUGUCAGCCUCUCUGAAGUGUCCAAAGAGCUGCACUGUUUGAGUGAGUGCUCUUCCUCUGUGGUUUCUGCACACAGUUUAGAGCUGAGAACAAACCACAUAAGCAUUUUUCAUGACCAUGUCUGAUUUUGACUCUAACUUCUGUUUAUUUGCCUUGAAAUUCAUAGGAAAAUGAACUGUAUGUGCAAAUGAAAAUCAAAGACAAGACAAAUGGCUCUACGUCUGGUUUAUUUAGUGUUAGUUGCCACAGUCUCAGAGCAACAUUAUCUAUGUUUUGAUGAGAUUCACAUCCUCAUAAAAAAAUUGGACCUGCUUUUCAACUUCUUCAUGAAGUUCAUUCCUACUCAUCUAACAUAAAAAGUGGAACAUAAAAGUAAUAACGGGUGAAAACGAUAGGGAGACAAAGAGGUAGACCUCUCAGGAGCUUCAUAUGUAACAAGUUAAAAGACUUUUUCCACAUUUUAGAGCUUUCCAGAAAAAAGAGAAGGCUGACUCUUUUUAUGAAUCCAACACUUGCAUGAUAUUGAGCACAUUUACAAAGUCUUUAUGACAGUCAUGUAAAGAGCAUACAUUACAACUAGCAAUGCUUAUAACAGGGGUGUCAAAGUCAAAUGGACGGAGGGCCAAAUAAAAAAUUUAGCUACAAGCCGAGGGCCGGACUGAUCGAAUGUUCAUUGAAAAUUUUUUAAAUGACGCAUAUAGUCUAGUGAACCUAAUUGAACCUACUGAAAACCUAACAAAUAUAUUCCAGUAUGAUCAGCUAAAUAAAGCAAUAUUUUCUUAUGGCUCUGUCAGUAAUCUUUAAUUUUCAACAGACACAAAAGACAAAUUUCCUUUAUAUAAAAAUCCCCAUAACAUGAACAUUAAAUGAAAGAAACCGGUAUUAUUCAAGGCACCAUCAGUAGCCUAUAUUUUCUAUUUUAGCAAAAGUGGGCUAAAUUUACUUCAAAGAAAAAAAUAAUAAUAGCAAUUUUCUAUCAUCCACUCAACUGAAAUAUUUUUAAAAUAUAAUUGGAUUGAAAUACAAUAAAAUAAAGUGCAAAAAUCUAUUAAUCAAAAACAACACUUUCUUCAAGGAGAAGUAACAUGCAGUGAAAACAAAUAUUAAACUUUAACUUUUAAACUUGAAAUGAGUAAAAACUCUAAAUAUGUGAUUGCACAGUAAUGUUCACUUGUUUGAGGUUGAGGGUGAUACUUGGUGGUGUCCCAUCAUUUCCACAAGUUCAUCAAUGUUCGGGGUAAGGCUCUGAGCUGAGGAAAUCCUCAGAAUUGAGUGAAGGUGUUCAGCAGUAAGUCGACUUCUGUGUGAUGUUUUGUUCAGGUUCAUCAAAGAAAACAGUUGUUCACACAGGUAUGUGCUGCCAAACAUAGACAACGUUUGAGCAGCCUGGAUGCGCAGCUGGGGCAUUGUGUCGGGGAGGAAACGGGCAAACUCCGCUGUGUUAAUAAAUAUUGAAAUGAAGCAGCCUACUGCUCGGUGCGUCACCGUUGCAUUGUGGGAAAUGUAGUAUUGGUGCGUGUAAAAGAUCUGCGGGCUGCCGGCUUGCUGCGGUCUGCGGGCCGGUUCUAAUAAUAAAUCAAGAUCAUCCCAGGGGCCGUAAAAAACCUUCUCGCGGGCCGGAUGUGGCCCGCGGGCCUUGACUCUGACAUAUGUGGCUUAUAAAGUGGACAUACUACCUUUUAAGUUAUGUGUAAUAAUGUGUCAUAAUUUAAUUCAAAACUAAUAACAGCAUCUUUUUUUAUUUCUGGGUCUCAUAACACAGAACAACUCCCACAACUUAAACAAAUUAUAAAAUGUAAUUAUCACAAUUAUUAUAAAAAUGUUUCCAAAAAUAAAGUAUUUAAUUGUUCAACCCUACAGGUUAGUGGGUCAUUGUUUGCUGUUUCUUGUCUGUUUUUGAAAACUUAUCUUUGUCCUUUCUUUUUUUCAGAGAAAAAGUGUCCUCCAGGAUGGACCAUGUUUGGAUGUUCCUGUUAUUUCUUCUCCACACAGAAAAAGUCUUGGGAUGACAGCAGAGCAGACUGUAGAGACAAAGGAGCAGAUCUGGUUAUCAUAGAAAGUUUCACAGAACAGGUAAUGUAUUUACCGCGGAGUUUUCAGGGACAAACUGGUGACUCAAGAACUGACUCAACAUGUCUUCUCACUCUGUUCAAUCUUAAUCUACAAUCUAAUUAAUGUUUAAUUACAUUAAUGUUUAAAGCUUUAAAGCACUUAUAUUAAUAGUUUUAAAACAAAAUAAUGUGUUGAAGUUUUUGUCCACCAUAGUUACUGUUUAUUUAAAAACAGUUUUCUAAAAAAGAAAAGCACAAAAAAAACAGAAAUAAAUGCAGAACAUGUUCAUGUGACUCUCAAUUUAUGUUUAAAACAUUGAGAUAAAUUUGGGCACAGGUUGGUGGAAACUAAAAUAUAAUAAAUACAAGGUUUUAUAUCUUCUACAGGAAUUCCUCACUAAUAAUAAGAAAGGAGAGGCUUGGAUUGGUUUGAGUGAUAGAGAUGAUGAAGGGACCUGGAAAUGGAUAGAUGACACUCCACUGACUCAGGGGUAAGAAGCACUGUGGAUGUUAAACACCUUGGUUUGGAUUCAGGCUUCAUAUUUUCUAUGAUGAUCUUGACAAUUUUGACAAUCAAACAAUUAAAGGGACAACAUUUUCUUUUGACAAUGUUUCUGGAAAAAUGCUAACUCUCCUAUAUCUUCAAAAAAAAUAACUUCACUGUCCUGUCUCUCCCUUGUAGGUUCUGGUGGUGGGAGCAGCCCAAUAACGGUGGUGGAGAUCCACAGUGGGGGGAAGAAGACUGUGCUCAUUUAAGAGCCGAUAAGAGCAAAGAGGACAACUGGAAUGAUCGCAAGUGUGAUGUGACCAUGUUUUGGAUCUGUGAAAAAUAGCUUAUAGGAGUGCAAAUACAUCAAUGUAGAGAUCCUUUGUUCAAAUGAAGAGCUCUGAGUUUACUUUGGUGUGGUAUAGGAAGAGGUCAUGGGCGGGGGGAAGUUGCAUUUUGUGUGAUAAGAAACUAAGUUGUGUCAGGGUGGGACCUGUGAUCUUAGGGGCUCUCUCAUUUUCUCAAAUGUUUUCAAAUGUUCUCUGGUGUCAAAUGACACCAGACACCCCAGGCUUUCACCAACACUUUUGCCUCUCUACAUUUGCUAUGUGAUGUAUUAUGCUGCUGUGUAUAUCUGCUAUUUGGGUCUGAAAGUGGUAUAGCACAAAUUUAACUCAAAUGUCAUCGGCCAUUUCUUACGGUGUUCAAAUCCUUAUUUAUCUAUAUCACCAGCCCUGUGUCUAAAACUUUUUUAAAAGACAUCACUUCAUAAAGUGAUUGUUUUUCAUGCUUUUAUUUUGGUCAUUUUCUCUGUAUUUCAGUUUAUUUAUUCCUGCAUUACAAGGACAUGCUUUUAUUUUGUAGCAAUUUUGUCAAAAUGUACGUGAUAUAUACAUUAAAACUGGAUAGAAAAAAAACUGUUAGAAAGUAAAAUAGAAUAAUUAAAUUCAUCACAGAGGAACAAGUCACUACAUUUUUUUUGGAUUCACAAUGAGUCUUUAAAGAACUAAAUUAAUACAUUUAAAAAAGUAAGAGCAGCUACUGCUAGAUCGCUCGCAGCUCCUGUUUCCUUGUCUUCUUUCUUCUGUUUUAUGGCACAUGGUGACCAGUAUAAAGGACCAUACACCAAUCACUCAUGUUAUUACAGUAGGUUUAUUUUUCGCACAAAGGUAACAUUUAGUUUAUUAAGGAGAUGGUCAUUUUGAGUUCCAGUAUAUUGCAGCAGGCCUAAUUCAAACAAAUUUAGGUUUGCUUUAAUUUUUUUCAUAAAGCUCCUGUGAGGAGUUUUUAUGUUGAUGAAAUAGCCUAAAACUUAUAUUGAUGUUUUUUCAUAUUUAAAAGCAGAAAAAAAAAGGGACAAGAUCGACAAUUUUGAUGUCUUCAUUUUUAAUGCCUGAAACCAGUGCAAAGGGGAAGGCAUCAUCCAAGCAGCUUUACUUUUAUGAUUUCCACAUAAAAUAUUUACUAGAUAAUUCAUUUGACUGUCAAAACGCAGCAGGAUGCAAUCUAUUAGUCAGAGGUCACGACUGAAGUAUCAAGAUCACUGAUUCCUAAAUUCCUUAAAGCAGCUUUAAGAGGAAUUUCCUUCACCUUGGCCAAAUACUCCAGAUAGAUUCCUCAAAAGGCACAACUACAGGAUUAGGAAAAGCUAGAUUCAAAUCAAUCAGUGAUUGAAAUACUUCAACAAUUCAAUUUUGUUUGUUUCCCUUAUUUACUGUCUCUUAAACUACUUACUUGAACAGCUGGCUCAAGUAAAGCUGGAAAAACUGGAUCCUGCAGACAUGAUAAUAUAAAGCCAUCACACAGUUACAAGUGUGGGUCAAGAUAAAGGUGAGAACAUCGACAAACUCAGGUUAUAUUUAAACCUACAUGUCGUCUGACAUGAAGGACUGGACUAUGCUGUUCUUGUCUCAGUUCACAAACACUGGGCAAAAAAUGAAUUAUAAACAGAAGCACAUCUGCCAACUUAACAGUAGGUGGCGUCAUGCCCCUUUUCUGCUCAUAACUACUUGACCUACGACAUCAUGUACCAAACAAUCGUGUUGGUGAGGCUAACGGGUUGUUCAUUGAACAGUAAGAUAUCCUGUGACUGUUAGUCGAACUUUGAAAAGUUGGAUUUAGUUCAGACUGACAUGUUUACAUGUUGGACUAAAACCAUUGAUCAAUUUUCUCUUAACAGCAUAAAAACAUCCUGACUUUGUAAAAUGUUGAUGGCAGAUUUUUAUGGUUUUUAAAUUAUUGAAACCCUAGAUUUAGAUGGAAACAGUACAAAGACAACAAAUCAAAUUUUAAAUUAAAAGCUUAUUAUUUCUUUGUUCAAAAAUAUACACUCAGUUUAAAUUUGAUUCCAGCAACAGGUUUCAAAAAAUUUGAUCUACAGGAUCAGAUGACGUAGAGGCCAUAGUUCUGGAAAGAAAGACACAAAAGUUUUAGAUGGUCACUCAAAACUUCAAGAAUCACAAAAGGUCAAGAAAUUUUAAGUUUUAGUCAAACUAGUCAAAGUUACUUUCUGUUCUUCAACUUUAACAGAAAAUAAAGGACAAACACAACUUUUGUGCUUAUCAAGGAGCAGAUUUGAAACGUGAACAAAAGCUCAGCUGUCCACGCUUUAAUCAGCCAAAUUCUACUGUUUUUCAUUUCAUACCAAUGUAUGUUUUCAACCAUUAUUUAAAAGGCAGCAGAGUGGGACUGCACAGGCAAAAUGGCAUUUUGAUUUUCAAUCAGUUAAGUCCAUCUGUCCUAUCGUCUGUCUGUUUGUCUGUCAUUCAUUCAUGGGUUUUACUGACGUAGGAAAAAUAGACGCUCAUUUAAAAAAAAAAGCUGCAUUAUCAUAAUGAAAACACUUAAAGAUAUUUCCCCCAACUAGUGACAUGUGACACAAGCCACUGUGAUCCUGGAAUAACAUUCCUGAGCGUUAAAUUACCAAAAUUGUUUGGAUUUUUAUCAACUAUGGUAAAAAAAAAAUUGUAGACAGGUGAUUUAAUUAUUUAGUAAAAUUCUACAAUAUCUUUUCCAUAUACGGUUAAUGGUUAAAAGCUAAGUUAUGUUACUUACGAUCAAUUUAAUCUUCAUGUCAGCUUUGAUGCGGCUCUCCAUGUAAGUCAGGUUUGAACUGCAAGGAAUUCCAGUUUGGGAAGGGUCCAGGUUUGUACUUAUUCACAAGUACCAGUCUCCAUCAAAGAGAACAGCGGUGAUCCAUAUGACUCCCAGAAUUACAUAGUCUAUCGGGAACUUAAGAAGACUGCUGAGGAAAACGUUUCCACACUGAAAACACCAGUGUGAAAAAAUCCUCCUCUGGUGGAUGGGCUCAGUGAUGUUGACCAACCAUGCAAGAAUGACAGGAGGGAGAAAAAUGUACAGUAGACCAUUCAGAUAUUCACCCUCUUUGCACGAGCACACAAAAUCCAUGUCAAAAAUGUAUUGUAGUAUGAAGAAGACGCCGAUCAAAAGGACUGCACUCAUAGCAUGAGUGAAAACUGCGACGAGCCUUUGAGGAAAAUCGUGAGUGAAAUGAGGCAUGCUGGUAAAAAUGUCAGAUAUUCUGUUGAAAAACAGCUCCAAGUUUGUUUUUUUGCCUGCCCUGAAAAGACUUAGCCUGCACAGCCGAUGAAACUCUCUAUUCUAAUGACUGAGAGAGGAGGUCUUAGUUUUAUGCCCAGAAGUGAAAGGUGAACAGAGUGCCAAUGUUUUGACCUCAUCAAACCAGCCUCCAGUAUUUGCAUGAUCGAGACAUUUUGCUUUCUCUUUUGAAACCAAAACAAAACCACUAAAGACUUAUAAGUGUAUUGAGAGUACUAAUAGUAAAAAGUUCCUUUUACAACAGAUCAUUAUUUUCUAAUCAACAGGCAGAAAUACUUCACAAAAUUCAGAAUCUAAAAGAGUUUCCCCUCUAAACUCUAUUUUUGGUGUGAUUCUGGAGAGGUCCCUAAGGUUUCUAGAAAUGGAAAUUUUACCUUUCCUCAUUUGUUAGAGAUGUGUGUGCAUGUUCAAGUUGUAUCAUGUUAUCCCAAGAUGAUCCAGUUGGUCAUGGAUGAUGAUACAGAUUUUUCUCCAGGCUUUGUGCUCAUGGAAAGCUCCUGAGGUCUGAUAACUGUCUCUAUCUGAUUUUCUCUCAUCUUGUUGUCUGCAUCAAAGUUUAAAUGUUUAAAGAACUUCUCUCAGUAAGGGUAUAACAAUAGAAGACGUAAGACUCUAGGUAUGAGAUUACACCUAAAAUGAAUUCCCACCACCCUCUCAUGUACCUGCAAUGUCUUUAGCGGAAAUGUGCAUGUGGUUUUUGUGUGCGUCUAGAUACUGAAACAAAACAAUGCAAAAAUACCAACACUUAUUUUCCCAUGGUGCUGUUUCUCUAAUUUGGUUAGACUUUGCACGCAUUACAUCUGUCACAUGAAGACUUGUGGUUGGCAAAACCUCCUUGCAGUUUUAAAAUAUGCCUGCGCCUCAGCUCUAUCAGGUGAUUUCCACUGAAAACAGAUUGUACCAAACCUCAGAGCUCAGCACAGAAUAACCUCUUCUCAAAGAUUGAAGUACAACUUCUCUUCUAACUCAGGAUUAUAACCCUGAAUGGACUUCGACUCCUGCCAAAUUUAGGGCCUCUGUCUGAUUAAAAAAAUGAUUUGGUCAAAGCUUUUGUCCUGUCACUGAAGAUGUAAUAUGAAAGAAGGCAAUGAAUUACGUGUCAUGUUUAGUCUAGUUUUAGUCGACAAAAACUGAUGACGUUUUAGUCUAGUAUUAGUCAAUGAUUUUAAUCUCUUUUUAGUAAUGUAAUUCUGUGUAACCCAGUUAAAAUAGUAUAAUUACCUAGUUAAGUAUAGAACAGAUAAAACCAAAUUUUUAAUUGAGUCAAAUCAAACGCAGUUAUUUUAUUGUUAUCGUAUUGUUACCUUAUAGACUACGUCUAUUCCAAAUGUGGAAGAUGCUCUGCUGAGCAGACUGCUCAACAUAUUUUUUUAACCAAACAUGUAGGUACUCACACGUGAAUUUAAAUCAAAUAAAUAAAUGAAAUACUGUAGCAUCAUAUGACUGACAACACGCACUAGACACAUGCUAAACACACACGCUAGGCUAGACACACGCUGUCUUAACUAAGCUUGAGUUCAGCACGGAAGACUGUGGGCUCUAUUUUCGUGCCCGCUGGCGGUGCGGCAGACGGUGGCGCACCCCGCACAGUGGUAUUUUCAUCUGCCAGAGCCUGGCGCACUGCCAGUUUGGUAUUUUCGUAGACUGAGGCGCACCAAGGUCCACCAAGCUGGGCGUGGUGGCGCGGUAGGUGGAGGUGUCAACAGAAUCAGCUGGCACAGGGACAUUUUCGUGCAGGCAUGUCUUUUGUUGGUGAUUUACAGAGAAAACUUGUCCGCCAGAAUGGAGGAUGUUUGGUUGCUCCUGUUACUUUUUCUCCACAAAGUCUGCAUCUUGGGAAAUGAGCAGGAAAGACUACAGAGACAGAGGAGCAGAUCUGGUGAUCAUAAACAGUGUGGAAGAACAAGCUCUUUUGCUCAGAAUUCCAACUUUAAUCUUAGAAUUUUGACUUUUCUCUCAGAAUUCUGAUUUUAAUCUCAGAAUUCUGACUUUUAUUUCAGAAUUCUGAUUUUUUUUUUCCCCAAGAUAAUUCUUCAAAAACAUAUAUCCAACCUUUUUUUGACAGUGGUAAUGUUCUCUGCAUUAUAGUCUAAGUAAAUAGUUUAGAAAUGCUUAAUUUCAUCACUUAUACAGAUGCUUGUAUAUCUCAACACUUGCCUGCUCUCAAAGUUGUUGCCUAGUUUGUUAAGGGUACUGGUGGGUCCAGCACAGGUUAGCUAAAGGGAUUGAGAAACAUACUCUAAAACAUCAUCUUGCAUGUUUCCUGUGGCACAAACGUCCCCUGUGCCUAUUAGUAAGACUGUUUAUCUCCAUAAAUAUCUCAUUAACUCGUUUAUCUCCACAUUUCCACCAAUCGUAAAGUAAGAGUCCUUUCUAUGUCAGAUUUUCAGUUUCCUUCAUGUCUGUGCUCCUGAUUAAAGAUGAUGCUAGUUUCAUUCAGCUCCUCGUGCCUUUGUAGCUCUUUCACUGGUUCUGCAUUCUGUCUCUAAUGUGAGUUCAGGGGAAACAGGCCGCAGUGUUUGUGGUGAGUGGUUUUUAUUCACACUUUUUUCAUCACGUCGCAAAUUUGUGAAUGUAUGACUUCCUCAUAAGUGGAUAAAAGUCUGACCCAGAGAGCAGAAGAAGUUUUACAGCAUUCAGACUCUGUCCAUGCUGCAGACCAGACCUUUAGGAAACAUCCAGUAUCUUUUGGAGCAAUGGAGGAAAUCUAUGUCAAUGUUGAGAUGAAAGACAAAACUGUUACACCUGUUGACUGCAUACAUCAGACAGGUGAGAGUGUUCAGUCUGAGCUAAGUAAAGACACACAUUUCCUCCUUACAUUUCCUGUACAGUCUGCUCUGCGUUUCAGGUCCAAGGAGCUCAAAGAGGAGAUUUCAUGAAGCUGCUAUUUGGUUUUUGGGGCUGCUGAGUCUUCUCCUCCUUGCUGGGGUCAUCGCCCUUGGAGUCUACUGUGAGUCAGUUUUUGUAUUAUUUUAAAUCAUUAGUUGGAAACUUGUUUUUAAGAGUUCAUGUUCUCCUGUAAAGCAUCCACUUAACCAAGUUAUCUUGUCCUUGCUGUUCUGGCCUCUCUAUUUUCCUUUGCAAACUUUUUCUUUAUGCUCACAUUUUAGGUGUUUUGAAAAUCAUGAUAGUUUAUGGGGGCUUUCUGGAAUCAAAUCACAUUAUUCUGGUGACUGAGCAAAAAAAACAUUCAGCAAAAAUAAGUGAAGUCUGAUGCACUCUCGUUUUAAACCAUUGACAAUUUCUUGGUUGUCACAGUGUCUAGAUCUCAACCUCAUAACACCUUCUGAUGCAUUUCAGCAUAAACCUUUUUUUAAAGAAUACAUUUAACAUUGACUUUGAAAUGGAGAUAUAAUGCCAUUUUAAAACACAACUCUUUAUUAGUAAAGUUAUUUUUUACAAGCAAAAUCACAGAUAUAUAUCUGGUCAUCUGUCACAACAGAGCAUUUCUGAGAAACAAAAAAAGACAAAAAAAACAAAAUUCUUUCCUUGCAGUGGUUUGCAGAAUAAUAUUAGGUCAAGAUGAGUUGUUUCAAUAUCAAUCAAUCAAUCGAUCACUUUAUUUAUAAAGCACUUUUCAUACAUAAACUUGUAUCACAGAGUGCUGUACACUUUGGGAACACAAAAUAAAAUACAAAAUAAAAUACCAACUGCAAAACCCCACCCACAGCCCACAUUUAACUGAGACCCCCCCCCCCCCCCCACACACACACACACACACACACACACACACACACACACACACAUACACACACUGACAACCACCGAGACACCAAGUCAGGGCUCAACAGGAAGCCGCAGAGGACCAAGGAAAUGCUAUCUUAAACUAAAAUGGCGAAACACAGGAGCUGAGGCUAAACUGAUAAAACCAUGACAAGAUAUAAAAAUUAAAUUAAAAAAAACAACAGCAAUAAUAAUAAUAAUAAUAAUAAUAAUAAUAGUAAUAAUAAUAAUAAUAAUAAUAAUAAAAUAUUAUAUAAUAAAACUGUUUGAAAAUCAAACAAUAAAAGAAAGUAAACAAAUAGUGUGAAAAUAUAAGGUAAUAAUUCUAGGACUAAAGUGGAGUAAAAUACUUAAGAUAAAAAGAGUAGACUAAAAGAGAGGCUAGAAGAAUAAAACAAUAAUCAGCUAAAGGCCAGACUAAAAAGGAAGGUCUUGAGUUUGCGUUUAAAAAAAUGAACUGUAGGUGUCGCUCUCAGGCCUUCAGGCAGACUGUUCCACAAACAGGGGCCAUGAUAAUAAAACGAUGCCUCACCGUAUGUUUUGGUUCUAACUUUGGGGACUAUUAAAAGACCACUACCUGAAAACCUGAGGGUUCUACUCGGCUCAUAUCGUAAAAGCAAAUCAGAUAAAUGAGAAGGACCAAGACCAUUAAGACAUUUAUAAACUAAUAAAAGAACCUUAAAAUGAUACAGGAAGCCAAUGCAGAGACUUUAAAACUGGUGUAAUGUGGGCUCUUCUCCUUGUCUUUGUCAGCAUGGAAAAGGACAUCACCUCCAAACUGAGAUACUACAUCUUCUGGGCCUAUCCUUCAAUGAAUAGAUUUUAAAAAUCUGCAAAAAUUGUUACUCGAGUGUCUGGAUUUGUCAUCCCUUCAUAACAAGAAGUGCUGAACUGAUGUAGUUAAAAAAUACUUCAUAAUCUUAAACUUAUUGGCUAAUGUUUUGACAAAAAAUCAAUUUAAUCCAGGAUGCCUGAGGUUUUAAAUGUUCAGAAAAUGUGUAUCUUUAACUCAUUCCAGGCUACAUCUCAACCCGGGAUUCAUCUGCAGAGUUCUCUACCAUCGUAGCCAAUCUUACUGAGCGUCUGUCCUCCCUGACUGAACAGAGAGACCUGCUGAAUGUCAGCCUCUCUGAAGUGUCCAAAGAGCUGCACUGUUUGAGUGAGUGCUCUUCCUCUGUGGUUUCUGCACAGUUUAGAGCUGAGAACUAACCACAUAAGCAUUUUUCAUGACCAUGACUGAUUUUGACUCUCAUUUCUGUUUAUUUGCCUUGAAAAUCAUAGGAAAAUGAACUGUAUGUACAAAUGAAAAUCACAAGACAAAUUGCUCUACGUCUGGUUUAUUUAGUGUUAGUUGCCACAGUCUCAGAGCAACAUAAUCUAUGUUUUGAUGAGAUUCACAUCCUCAUAAAAAAAUUAGACCUGCUUUUUUACUUCUUCAUGAAGUUCAUUCCUACUCAUCUCACAAAAGUAUAAUCUGAAGAGGUAUUUCCACAUUUUAGAGCUUUCCAGAAAAAAGAAGGCUGACUCUUUUUAUGAAUCCAACACUUGCAUGACAUUGAGCACAUUUACAAAGUCCUUUCAAGGCUUUAUGACAGUCAUGUAAAGAGCAUACAUUACAACUAGCAAUGUUUAUGAAGUGGACAUAAUACCUUUUAAAGUUACGAGUAAUAAUGUGUCAUAAUUUAAUGCAAAACUAAUAACAGCAUCUUUUUAAUUCUGGGUCUCAUAACACAGAACAACUUCCAUAACUUUAACCAGUUAUAAAAUGUAAUUAUCACAAUUAUUAUGAAACGUUUCCAAAAAUAAAGUAUUUAAUUGUUCAACCUCACAGGUUCGUGGGUCAUUGUUUGCUGUUUCUUGUCUGUUUUUGAAAACUUAUCUUUGUCCUUUCUUUUUUUCUUCAGAGAAAAAGUGUCCUCCAGGAUGGACCAUGUUUGGAUAUUCCUGUUAUUUCUUCUCCACACAGAAAAAGUCUUGGGAUGACAGCAGAGCAGACUGUAGAGACAAAGGAGCAGAUCUGGUUAUCAUAGAAAGUUUCACAGAACAGGUAAUGUAUUUACCGGGGAGUUUUCAGGGACAAACUAGUGACUCAAGAAUUGACUCAACAUGUCUUCUCACUCUGUUCAAUCUUAAUCUACAAUCUACGAUUAAACGCCGUAAAGUUUCCCAGAGGCAAAAUGAAAACAUGUUGAGCUCCCCCUAUUGACUGGCUGCAGUAAAGGUGUUUACAAUUGGAUAUCAUUUCUUGAAACGAUAAUUGUUGCUAUAUUUUCAUAGAUUUGUCCUUCUUAAUUCACUUAGAUCUAACAUUUAAAACUUUAAAGCACUUAUAUUAAUAAUUUUAAAACAAAAUAAUGUGUUGAAGUUUUUGUCCACCAUAGUUACUCUUUAUUUAAAAGCAGUUUUCUAAAAAGAAAAGUACAAAAAGACAGAAAUAAAUGCAGAACAUGUUCAUGUGACUCUCAUUUUACAUAUUUAUGUUUAAAACAUUGAGAAAAAUUUUGACACAGGUUGGUGUAAACUAAAAUAUAAUAAACACAGGUUUUAUAUCUUCUACAGGAAUUCCUCACUAAUAAUAAGAAAGGAGACACAUGGAUUGGUUUGAGUGAUAGAGAUGAUGAAGGGACCUGGAAAUGGAUAGAUGACACUCCACUGACUCAGGGGUAAGAAGCACUGUGGAUGUUAAACACCUUGGUUUGUAUUCAGGCUUCAUAUUUUCUAUGAUGAUCUUGACAAUUUUGACAAUCAAACAAUUAAAGGGACAACAUUUUCUUUUAACAAUGUUUCUGGAAAAAUGAGAACUCUCCUAUAUCUUGAAAAAAAAUAACUGAGCGAAUUCACUGUCCUGUCUCUCCCUUGUAGGUUCUGGUGGAGGGAGCAGCCCGAUAACGGUGGUGGAUUUCCACAAUAUGGGGAAGAAGACUGUGCUCAUCUAAGAGCCGACAGGAGCAAAGUGGACAAUUGGAAUGAUCGCAGGUGUGAUGUGACCAUGCUGUGGAUCUGUGAAAAAUAG